AUGGAGACUCUAUCCUUCUUCUUCUUCACCGCGGCUGCAAUCUACCUAGUCUGGUUCUACUUCCUGGCCCGCCAGCUCACCGGCCCCAAAGUAUGGCCGCUGGUCGGCAGCCUCCCACUCCUCUACAAGAACCGGGCCCGCUUCCACGACUGGGUCGCCGGCAACCUCCGCGCCACGGGCGGAGCGUCCACGUACCAGACCUGCACGAUCCCCUUCCCUUUCUUGGCGAGGACGCUAGGGUUCUACACCGUGACGUGCCACCCCAAAAACAUCGAGCACAUCCUCCGCACCCGCUUCGACAACUACCCCAAGGGCCCACAGUGGCAGGCCGCCUUCCACGACCUGCUGGGCCAGGGCAUCUUCAACAGCGACGGCGACACCUGGCUCAUCCAGCGCAAGACCGCCGCCCUCGAGUUCACCACCCGCACCCUACGCCAGGCCAUGGCCCGCUGGGUCAACCGCACCAUCAAGGCCCGCCUCUGGCCCAUCUUGGCCCGCGCAGCUGCCACCAAAACCCCCCUCGACCUGCAGGACCUCUUGCUUCGUUUGACUUUCGACAACAUCUGCGGCCUCACCUUCGGCAAGGAUCCAGAAACUCUCUCCCCGGAAAUGCCCCACAACCCCUUCGCACUCGCCUUCGACACCGCCACUGAGGCCACGCUCCAGCGACUCCUCUACCCGGCCCUCCUCUGGCGCCUCGAGAAGCUCCUCGGGAUCGGCGCCGAGAGGCGCCUCACAGCCAGCCUCCACAUCGUCGCCAAGUACAUGGACGACGCCGUACAGGCCAGGAAGGAGAAGCCCUCCGACGACCUCCUCUCGCGCUUCUUGAAGAAGCGCGACGCCGACGGGAACCCGUUCUCGGUUCCCGUCCUCCAGCGGAUCGCGCUCAACUUCGUCCUGGCCGGGCGCGACACGUCUUCUGUCGCGCUCAGCUGGUUCUUCUGGCUGGUGAUGAACAACCGGCGCGUGGAGGACGAGAUUAUAAGGGAGAUCACCACCGUCCUGAAAGAGACACGUGGCGAGGAUCCCAAGAAGUGGGUGGAGGACCCGCUGACGUUCGACGAGGCCGACAAGCUGGUGUACCUGAAGGCGUCCCUGGCGGAGACGCUGAGGCUGUACCCGUCGGUGCCGGAGGACUUCAAGUACGUGGUGGCGGACGACGUGCUUCCCGACGGGACGGUGGUGCCGGCGGGCUCGUCGGUGACGUACUCCAUCUACUCGAUGGGGAGGAUGAAGAGCAUAUGGGGGGAGGAUUGCCUGGAGUUCAAGCCGGAGAGGUGGGUGUCGGAGAGCGCCGGCGGUUACAAGUUCGAGACGCCCAAGGACGGCUACAAGUUCGUGGCGUUCAACGCGGGGCCCAGGACCUGCCUCGGGAAGGACCUGGCGUACUUGCAGAUGAAGUCGGUGGCGUCGGCGGUGCUGCUGCGCUACCGCCUGUCGCCGGAGCCGGGCCACCGCGUGGUGCAGAAGAUGUCGCUGACGUUGUUCAUGAAGCACGGGCUACGUGUCAUGUUGGAGCCGCGUGGUCUUGCUGCUGCUGAGUAA